CAGACGUCAGAAGGGAGUCUUCGCCUCGAGUCAAAACAAAACAAAACAAAACAAGUCAAAAAGAUAUAGAAGGAGUGGAUAUUUGGGCCGCCACAACGACAGGAAGUUCUACAAAACUCAUUACUGAUUAAUAACGGCUACUUGAGGGAAGUUAUCGGAGGCAUUUCACGGACUUUUUCACGGAUUGUAAACUCUGAAGUAGCAGGAGCUUAACCAGCUAACGUUACGGUGGCUAUCGUGCAGUUUUGAAAGUGCGGCGAGUUGAAGCCGACAGACCUUCGAGGCGACCCAACUUCACUCAACACCCGGGAAUUCGCUUUGUAUGGAAGUUCAGAGGACCGCAAUGGAUGAGUCCUCGGUACCCCCGAUUGACCCAGAUUUCGAGCCGCAGAGCAGACCCCGCUCUUGCACGUGGCCCCUGCCGAGACCCGACAUCUCGGCUGUCAAACCGGAGGGGGCGGAUGGCACCGAGUCCGCCGCCGGGACCCCGCCCGCGGACGAGGACAAGCCCGAGCCACAGCAAAUCACGUCCGAGCCCGAGAAGGCUGCGGCCGAGGGCGGGGUCGUGGCCGGCGUGGGCGGAGCCGGCGCUACGCCCCGCAAGGGAUCAUCUCGGCGCAACGCCUGGGGGAACCAGAGCUACGCAGAUCUCAUUAGCCAGGCCAUCGAGAACUCGCCUGACAAGAGGCUGACCCUGGCACAGAUCUAUGAGUGGAUGGUGAAAACAGUGCCUUACUUCAGAGACAAAGGAGACAGUAACAGCUCUGCUGGCUGGAAGAAUUCAAUUCGCCACAAUUUAUCACUCCACAACAAGUUUUUGAGGGUACACAAUGAAUCGACAGGAAAGAGCUCCUGGUGGAUGCUCAACCCGGAAGGAGGGAAGACUGGGAAAGCUCCCCGCCGCCGGGCCGCCUCCAUGGACAACAGCAGCAAAUUGCUGAAGAGCCGCAUGAGGGCCAAGCAGACCAAGAAGCAGGCGGGAGCAGCCGGUUUGGGUGGAGGGGCGCUGCAAGGGGAUGGAAGCACAGGCUCAGCCGGCGCAGACAGCCCUAAUUCGUCCCAGCAGUUUCCCAAAUGGGGAGUUAACAGCAGCAGCCCCUCGUCCCGCGGCAGCCUGGAUGACACUGACAUGUGGACUACCUUCCGCCCACGCACAAGCUCUAACGCCAGCACGCUGAGCGGACGUCUGUCCCCCAUUGCUCCCGGACAGGAGGACGACGAUAACCUGCCUGAGGACGGACUGCUGGGAAGAUACACUGCCAGCAGCUUGACCCCCACCCUCACAGAGACCCUCAUGGAGGAGCUGGAUCUGAUCGAUGGCCUCACAUUGAUGACCGGGCAGCAGGGAGGGGCCAGCCCAAGUACAGCCCCACCUGCACCGCCUACUCCGUUGCCCUCCGCCUCCACCCUGCUGCCUCGCGGCUCCAGCUUCUCCUCCUUCCAUCAGCUGCAACCAUCCAGCCUCCCGCAGGCCACAACUCACACCGGGUCACAGGCCUCCAUCUCUCAGUGUGGACCCAGCAGCAAAGAGCCGUCAACCUUCAGCAACUCCCUCUUCAACCCCAUGUCCACCUCUGGCUCUCGUGGGGGCAGCCAUUACAGCACCCACGUGCCUUCCAGUCUGGAGGCGCUGCUCACUUCCGACUCCCCUCCUCCGAGUGAUGUCAUGAUGACCCAGGUGGAUCCCCUCAUGCCCAAUCCUGGUGGGGUGGGCCUGAUGGGCCUGGGCACGUCCGUGGUGGGCGUGAGGUCCAAACCCAAUCAGCUGCUGUUGGGUAAAGGGCUGGAGUCGAACACGGUCGCCCCCAUGGCGCUGCAGGCUCAGAUGCAGCAGCAGCAGCAGCAGCAGCAGCAGCAGCAGCAGCAGCAUCACCUCCACCACCACCAGCAGCAGCAGCAGCAGCCGCACCAGCAACAGCCACAACAGCAACACCAGCAUCACUCUCAGAUGGGGUUGGGGAUGAUCCUCUCAGGUAUGUCUCAGGACCCAUCUCAGCUCUCUGCUCUCAAAGCCCAGCAUGCCACAGUGCCAGCUGUGGGCUCUCACCACGGAGGGCCCAUCGCCUCAGCCAAUCCUGGCCUGAGUCUGCAGGGCGUGAGUCAGUUCGGAGCUCCGUCCUACUUCCAGACCGGUCAGGACCGACUGCCCACAGACUUGGACAUAGAUAUGUUCACCGAAAACCUGGAUUGUGACGUGGACUACAUCAUCAACAGUGACCUCAUGGACGGAGAUGGACUUGACUUUGACAACUUUGACCCCAUACUGCCUGGAGGCCAAGGCUACGCUGGCCCAGCCACCACACAGGGCUCCGCUCACAGCUGGGUGCCCAGCUAAUUUGUCAUCUGACCACACAAAGUCAGCCAGGAACCGAUCUCCAAUCAAGAUCACCUCAUAAAUUGACAAAACGACCGGUGCAUUCCUCCUCCCUGCUGGCUGAAGAUUUUUUUCAAACACAACGCUUCUCUUGGACUUUAAAGGCAAAACCAGACCUCACCCAUGUCAUGUGCCAAGACAUGUGGAGGACAGGGAGGAGAUCCAGGCUACUAUGCACAAUUUCUUUCUCACGACACUUGCAACGAUUUGGCUGCUAGCAUUUUUUGUUGUUGUUGUUGUUCUUUUAAUCCGAACUGAUGAUUUUUAAAGACGUGUGACAUAAUGUUUUGAGUGGAAAGACAAAUCAUUAACUCCCCGUGUGCGAGGAGUAUGUAUUUUAGUGAUGUUACACCAGAAUAGCUUUAGGGUGGACCGGUACUUGAUGGCUUUGGGAUUGAAGACUCAGUGGGACUCAGUGCGUUGUUUUUUUGGGGAGAAAUGGCCAGUUUUCCCAUUGACACUUGCCUAGCACGAAUAGCCAGACCAAAUGCUGUUUGAAAGCCUGAAUAAUGUGCGCCAACUCUGCUGCACCUGGAAAAGAGUUUUAUCGCAGGAGUCGGUGGAAGGAUCAUGCCUGUGUCGUGAACAGGUGGAAGAUAAAGACUGGAUGACUGGAGGUAAAAAAUGUUAGAUUCAACAUUGGCUACACAUCUCGCCCAAUUGUGUACCUGGACUACGAUCACAUGUACGAUUCAGAUUUCUCACUUGGUGCACGAUGGUGCAUUUUUUGUUCUCUAUUGAAAUUUGGUGAUUCAACAGUUAAGAGGGUUAUGUACUUGCAGUUUGGCAUUUUUGGUGUUACAGUAGAUGUCAGAGGGUGUUUUUUUUUUUUGUUUUUUUUAAAUCCCUGAUGUGCAGUUAAACUAACAAAAUGAAGAAAUGUGAUUUGUGAAUUUAUACACGGGGCAUUCAAGAGUAAAUUUAUUUGCCAACAGGUGAUUGGUUGGCCAAGUAUUAUAUUGUCUCAGACAGCAGGUCUCCCCCACUGUCUAAUGCUCUACCUGAUUCUUUUUUUCCCCAUCCAGCCUGUGCAUUUUCAAAGCACUUAGGUUUCCUGCAACACAGGGACCCCAAACUAUGAGAAUACAUCCACAUUAGGUUAUACCAUUUCAUUAAAAGAGAGUUUAAAUCCUGUAAAAAAAAAUUUUACUUAAUGUACACGUUGCACAUGUAGAUGACGAGACGCUAUGCAGAUAUAUCAGGAAAAACUAAAUGAAAUCUUGAAGGAAAUUAGAAAAAUCACUUCUUGAAGGGUUUUGCUGUUUGACGUUUUCCUGAUAUUUUGUUGGGUUGGGUGGGUGCUUCAUGAAUAUCCUCACACUUUAAUUAAUUCAGUUUAAGCAAUUAUUUCACUGUGUGAGAAGUACAAAAAAGAAUAUAUUUGAUUAUAGUUUUAAUAUACAAUUUAGAGGUAAUAAAUGUGAUAUUAAUACAUAUGAAUAUAUUACUAAUGACAAGUGUUUUUUUUUGUUUGUUUUUUUUACAUUGGAAGAAGCAUUUUCAGAUCAUUUUUAACGGUAAUUUUCUAUACUUUUAUUUUUGUAACAGAUGAGCUGCAUGUAGAUUUUUUUACAUAACCAAAGGAACACUAAUAUUUGCAAUCGCAUGGCAUUUAGGGAGCGCUUGGGCCUGACACAGUAUCUCGGUGUACAUAAGCUUUUGCAAAAGAUGCCUGUUAACAUGAAAUCUGACGCGUGAGGCAAAGUGCAUCAAUGCUUGACCAUUUUAACUAAAAUUCCCAUUGAUCUGCCUCAUUACUGUCUGCAUUAAUUGUGAAUCCAAGUAAAAAAGCAAACAAAAACAAAUGUGCGCUGAGAUGUGGCAUGACAACCUUUUUUCGUCCCACUUUUCUAACAUGCUGCCGAAUUGUCAUCUCAUAAGGAGACUAAUACAACCGUUACCUCUCAGGGCUGCUCGGGAGUAAAAACAACAGGAAAACGAUUCUGCACGGACGUCGUCAGAUCACGUGACAAUAGCAAAAAAAAAAAACAAUAUUUAUUUUACAGAUUUCUCAGUUACUCCAGAGUGGAAACGCAACACGCCGCAUCUUCUGAUUUGUUUUCCUGGAGACUUUUUUGUCGAAUUCAUCCCAAAUUUAACUUCCCUUCUUAGAGAAAUGUCUCCAACUCUCCAGCCAUGUAUAUCAGCACUAGCCUCUCCCUUGGGUUUGUUUGUUUUUUUGACUGCCAAUAUUUAAAACACUAUAUAGCAUGACAUUGCUCUGUAGCAAGAUGGACUUUUUUGUCAUCCCCCCCCACCCUCCCCCUAAUAAUUUGUGUUUUGUGUUUGUUUUUAAUGACUUUAUUCAUAACCGUCAACGUAUUUGUGAUCAGGAAUAACAUCCCUGCAGUUUAAACUCUUAGUAUUCAUCAUUUCACUGUAGCUAUGUUAGCCUCCGAAUUGUAUAAAGCACUCUUUUUUCUUUCUCUUUUUAAAUGGUGCUAGUUGUCAUUUGUGAGGUAUCCUGGAGUACGCCAUGUUGCAGUGGGUGCAUAUCAGGGCCUUUUGAAUUUUCUGUAUACAGCACAAGGAUCUUGAUUUGGUGUUUAUCAAUGAACAGUCCUUCCCCCUCUUUGUUUUCAUGUAUAUCUAUAGAUGACCUCCCCAUACUGGUCAUUUAAAAAUAGCUCUGGAAACAGAAGACCAGCUCGUUCAAACUGCAUGAUUUUCUUAUUAUUUUAAAUCAUAACAUUAGUUAUUUUAGAAAGUUGUAUAUGCAACAAAUCCCCCACGUUUUUCUGAACUAAUGUCCAGGUGUUGGAAACAGUUGAUAGGACGGACUGCAGCAUGUAAAAGGAGGGGUGUUUGGUUUGUCAGAAUAUGCUGCACCAAGUUUUGAUGUCUAGUUUACUGUUGCCUCCUAAAAAAAAAAAAGGGGCAGGUGUGGUGUUAUUACUUCUGUUGUAUCUCCCCUUUCUAUGUAAUCAUAACUAUCUUCAUAUUUUGUUCUUCAGUUUUCUUUAACUAGCAGUUAGUCCCUGUAUGUUUUGUUUUGAAAUUUAAAAUUGCCCCAUUUGAUACAGCAUUUUUAGUAUUCAGAAAGGGUGGGUUUUUUUUAUUUCCAUAGGGGAGGGUGGGGUGGAAAGGUUAUAAGUUGUGCAUACAAUUAUGUUUAUGAUUUUUGAUGUUGAUAGUUUUUCUUUCGCCCCCCUUUCAGUUUUUUUUCUUUACACAUUGUAAAGUCAGCCAGAAAUGACAAACAGUUCUGAACAGCAGAAAUAAAUUCAAUAAACUGUUUAACCCA